CACAACAGAAACAAAUUGCCCUAAAACUUUCCCCUACGGUACUUCCAGUGCUUCGCUGAAACAGUUAUCAUCUGUGAAAAGAAUAUCAUACYAACAGCAAGCGACAAGACAAUCCAAUCCAAGAACCUCGCACUCGCUCUGUGGCGUGCACGGAGGGAGCAACUAGCAACCUGCAACCGACGAAUGACUAUCGUGUAUGAACAAGUCGCUGUCGUCCCCUCUGCACAAUGGCUAAGAAAUCGACAACACCUAACCUCCGGGCAAAGAACGAAAGCGAUCGACGACUGUUGGUAGCGGCUACCGAAGGAGACRCGCCCUUCCUAGAAUCGAUCUGUCGUGCYAGUAACAGCAARCAUCCUGGUAAUGGCGAGAGCCUCUUGAGGAAUGCGGUKUGCGUGAGCGGUUGCCAUUUGCUUCACUGGGCAGCUGGUAGCAACCAAGUGGCCGUCCUCGAGUAUCUGUUGUCGCCACGCGAAAACACGAACUCGUCGUCGGCAGAUGAAAACCAAGAGAAAAGUGAAAGUGAAACGACAACAACCAUCGAAAAAGACAACCAUUCCAUAACCAGCGAUGGGUGCUCUGGUCGGAGCACCGUCGGCAGCCCUUCUGCUAUAUUCCACGACACGCCUUCCCACCGUGCCAUCGAUCUCCCCGUCACGAGGUGCAAAAAGAGCCUGGGGCGAACACCCCUGCACUACGCCUGUCGGAACGGAUGCCUGGAAGCCGUUCGGUGGCUGGUCGACCACGGAGCCAGCGUCGGCGUCCACGCCAAGCAGUCCGUGACGCCCUUCCAGCUAGCGGUCUGGCAAAACCGGUUCGAAAUAUGUCGGUUUCUGGUGGAAAGGGGGGGACACGAUGCUUCGAAAGAUUUCAACGAUUUCGGAUGCGGUGCCGUUCACUGGCUCGGAAUCGCUCCGGUGGCCCGUGCCAAUSCCGUCGAGGACGAAGACAGCGAGAACGCCAGCGACGAUUCGGCCGAAAGCGACGAAGGACGAAACCUGAUCCCCCUCGCAAAGUGGCUGUCCACGCUGCCGGGAAUCGACUUUGGAGCACGGCAGCGCCAAAACCACACCGCACUGCACAAGGCGUCCUGGGGCGGUCACCUGGCAUUGGUGAGAUACCUCCACGAAGAGCACGAUAUGUGGGACGAUGUUGCCGAUUUCGCGGGAAACUAUGCGGCGUCCCUCGCCGACAUGGCAAACACUCCGAAACACAAUCGAAUCGCGAAGUAUCUGAGGCAUCACUGCAGCCGGAAACGAGCCGAGAGCCUUGCGGUUCUGGGUUUGCUAGAUGCAGGGGGGAAUAACGGGUCAAAAACCUUUGGAAAGGGAGAAAUCCGAAGAGCGUACUUGGCGAAAGCUCGGCAGUUGCAUCCCGAUCGGCUACUGCGAGCAACAAAUAAUGAUCAAACUAUAGCAGACGAGAACAAGGACGACUGUAACGCCAAUGUUGGAGUGGUUCGGGGAGAAGUUGAUGCAGGGGAAACAUCACAAAAAACAAACGAUCAUCCCGGGGGGGAGAGCAUGAAUUCUGGAACCAGUAUCACCUUUGAUGAAUUACGAAAGGCAUACAUUCAUUUGAUCGAAGAAGACGGCAUUGGAGAUCAAUCCAACCCAGCCCAUUCGUUGAAUCUUAUGCUCCAAUACGUGAACAACAGUUAUAACAACAACAAAGAUAGUAACAAUGACACCAAAGUGAAUCAGAUAGGCAAUGACGAUGGGGUCGAAGAACAAGAAGAAGACGAUUCGUUCUUUAAGGCUCGCUUGGUGGCAGUCUUGUUAGAAUACGGAGACAAAGGAAUCGAUUUGAGCAAUGUCAAGAAAAAAUGGAAGCAGGUGUGGCCGAAGGUCCCGUUCCCAUCACAGCACCAGGAGCGGCAGGAACAGCAACAAGCGAGAAAAAUCCCCAUGGCCGAAUUCCUGAUGCAGCGUGCCGGCGACGUGAUCCGAUUCGAACGCCACGGGGAUCGCAAUCGCCGCGUGUUGGUAUUACUCCGAGACAAGAACUCUUGCAAGGAAACCGUCUUGCAGUCCGGUAGUACUUCUGUUGCCGCAGCCACGGGGGUGGCGGCAACGGAAACAGAUACGACAGAGGUCUCAACGAAGCAGUGAAAGAAGUAAAAUCAGCACCAUAGA